AUGUAUAAGAAGUCCACUGCAUGCCUGAUGAACAUUAAGCAGCGAGAGGACGAGAUGCUGAGAUCUUACAUAAUUAGCUUUAAUAAGGAGGCUUUCUCGAUCGACGAAGCGGACAACAAGAUACUCGUGGUGGCAUUCACCAAUGGGCUAUGGAAGGGUAAGUUCCUAUUUUAUCUGUAUAAGAACGACCUAAAGACUAUGUCAGAUGUGCUUUACAGGGUGACUAAGUACAUGAACGUAGAAGAUGCAUUACUGGCUCGAGAAGAGAAGCCCAAAAAAAGGGAAAGACAAGAAGACAUACGGUCGGAUAGGGGGUGGAAGAUGGCAAGGAUUGGAGAAUGGCGGGAGGACAAACGCUCCAAGCCCCCCGCAGGGAAGUUCACAAGUUUCACCCCGCUGACUACCUCGAUCGACCAAGUCUUGAUACAAAUUAAGGAUGAAGGAGCCUUGACCUUUCCCGGCAAGUUGAAGGGGGAUCCUAAUAAGAGGUCUAGAGACAAGUACUACCACUUCCACCGUGAUCAUGGCCAUGACACAGCUGACUGCUACGGCUUGAAGCAACAGAUUGAAGUCCUUAUCAGGCAAGGAAAGCUGCAGAGGUUUGUCAGCAAGGAAAGGGUGGAUCCACCUUAA